CUCAGCAACGAGCUUCUCGGCUCAGUCGAACAGGGAAAAGAUUUGUGUUAAGAUUGUGAUGGCGCUGCACGCAGCCAGACGGUCUCUUUGGUAGUAAAGGUGAGGAUGGAUGGAGUGCAAACAGCGGCGAAGCCCGCAGCCAGUCACACAUCAUCGCAAGGCACCCCCGCCCCACAUGCUUUCCUCGUAUUUCUUUGGCGCCAUCUUGUGGCAUUUUUGCUACAGGAGGAAUUGUCAACUUUUGGAACGUGCAUACAUUCUAAGCAUGUCCGGUACGACAGCAACAAAGCCAGCCGCCCGCCCAUACAGGUCUGCCAAAGGUGUGGGCGGGACAUGGCGAUGCUGAGCCAAGCAGAGCAGCCAUGGUGGAACGUAUCGGACGAACGCAACGGCAGCGCGUCGGACGGCCGCAACGGCGAGCGCAACUACUACGCCAUGCUCUACUCCCUCCUCAUCCUGGCCAUUGUGUUCGGCAACGUGCUGGUGUGCCUGGCCGUGCUGAGGGAGCGUUCGCUGCAGACCACCACCAACUACCUGGUGGUCAGCCUGGCCGUGGCCGACCUGCUGGUGGCCUCGCUGGUCAUGCCCUGGGCCGUCUACCUGGAGGUGGUCGGCGGCGCCUGGCUUUUCGGCCGUCUCUACUGUAACGUCUUCGUCACGCUGGAUGUGAUGAUGUGCACCGCCAGCAUCCUCAAUCUGUGCGCCAUCAGCAUCGACAGGUACACGGCGGUGGUGAUGCCCAUGUUGUACAACACGACGCACCGCUCUCGCAAGAGAGUGUUUGCCAUGAUCGCCACGGUGUGGGUGCUGGCCUUCGCCGUGUCCUGCCCCUUGCUGUUUGGCUUCAACACCACAGACGACCCCACGGUGUGCUCCAUCUCCAACCCCGACUUUGUGGUGUACUCGUCGGUGGUGUCCUUCUACCUGCCCUUCGUGGUCACGCUGCUGGUCUACAUUCGCAUCUACGUCUUCCUUCGCAUGAGGAGGAAGAGGAUCACCUUCAGCCAGGCCAGCGGGAAAGUGCAGCCCGGCUCAACGCCGCCCUCUGUGGAGACUUGUCUGCAGGACGACCCGCCCAAGACCAACCGUGACCUUUCACCUAUAAGGAUCAAAGUGCAGUGCGUGGAGGCCCCGGGCCCGUCCAAGUCCGACCUGCUGUCGGGAUGUCUGUGGCGAAAGCGCCCCAAAACGCAACCGGUGGAGAACUCGGCGCUGCCCCCGGUGGACUUGCAGAAUUACUGCAGCAUAAGCCACGCCUCCUGCGGUCGCACCGAGUUGGACGUGGAGCGCAAUGAGGCGGCGCCGGUGUCCGGGAGCAGUUUGGCGAGGGCGGCGGAGAACAGCCGGCAGGCGUCGCUGGCGAAGAAAGUUUCCAACGGACGCACGCGCAACACGCUGCGGCCACUCAACAACUACAACCCCCGAUUCAGGAGCAUGCACGCCCGUGAGAAGAAGGCCACUCAGAUGUUGGCCAUCGUGCUCGGGGUGUUCCUCAUUUGCUGGCUGCCUUUCUUUGUCACGCACAUCCUGAACACGCACUGCAGAACGUGCUGGGUCCCGCCGGGCCUCUACAGCGCCUUCACUUGGCUGGGCUACGUCAACAGCGCUCUCAAUCCCAUCAUAUACACCACCUUUAACGUGGAGUUCCGCAGGGCCUUCAUCAAGAUCCUCAGCUGCUGAGAAGAGAGAGAAAAAGA